GAUUCUAGUCUUAGCAGUUUGAAAAGAGAAGAGAAGAAAAAAGAGAAAAUGCAGAAAGAGAAAACCAAACCUGUCUCUCAGAAAGUAGAUAAAGAUAAAAAGAGGGAUAAAAAGAUUGAUGGGAAGGAAGGAAACGAAAAAGAACUGAAGAAGGAACCAAGGAGCGAAGAUAAUAUAAAACUCAAGAUAGGAGCAGGGAAGGAUCAGAAACCAUCCUGUAUCCUUCAGACUGGUUUACCUCGGCAGAAACUAGGAUCAGAUAAGAGAAGAAGUAGUAUGGAUACAGAAUCUAAAUUAUUCCGACAAAAAAAUCAAGAUUUUGACUUAAAUAUUCUGAAUUCUGCGGGUGGUCAAAAGGAAUUCAGUUCGUUAGAUGCAAACCUUGAAUUCACACAGUCUUCUAAGACUUCCUGUCGUCCAAUUAUGGAAGGAUUGGGAAAAGUUGAUCCUAAGAAACCAAAUCGAAUCUUCAAACAGGCGGAGGAAGGAAAGAGAAGAAAGUCCUUGGGUUGUACUGAGAGUGAGAGCAGUACUGUUAAACUGGUUUGUCAUUUCAUGCCCCGGAGAAGGUUUUCCAACGGAGCUGUAGAUAUUCUUAAAGAUAUCAUUGAAACCUUGGAUACAGAGUCAACUACUUUAGAACAAUCCUCGUUACAGAGAGAAUAUUCUCCUGCUGUUCUAGCCUCAGCUUCAGGCCCACGUCAUGAUCAUGAUCUGUAUCAAGAUCAUGAACAUUAUCGAGAUCAAGAUCAAGAGCGAGAUCAAGAAAACGAAAUAGAUUUUGGAAGUCUAUCAAGGAACUGAAUUCAUAUAUAUUUUUAAUCUAAAUUUCACACUCUGAAAGAAUGUGUACGAAAUUUUUUAAAAGUUGUUUUUUUCUCAACAUUUAUUUGC